AGAGACAUGGGCGUGCGUGCAGUGGUGGAUGCCGUCGAAAGAAGGUGGCGGUGGAAACGGGUAGGUGAUGCAAGCCGAGGUGAAAACGAUUGCGAAAAGAACCAAAACCUAAAAACGAAGGAAAGAAACAGAAAGAGAAAAAAAGAAUGGUAAUGGAUGUAGCGAAGGUCGUCGGGUGUGGAUGGAUGGUGAGGUGUCCGUGCAGAGUUUCGGCGAGGUGAAGGAAGGUGGUUUGUGGACCUCCAUUGCUCCAUUGUACCUCCAUGGACCACCGUGGACCUCUCUAGCCCUCUAGCGGGAAAUAGGGGGAAGAAGGAAGCAGCGGUGGUAGCGAGUGGGAGCGCGCAUCCUGCUAGAAUUUUUCUCUGGUCUGCCAGUUUUUGAACAGAAUGCGCCAGCGUAAAAAGCAGAAAGGUCGGGCGUCGGGGAAAAGAGCGACGCCGACGGAGACACCGACAAUGAGCACGGGAGGCAAGUCGAGGCAAAAAUACACAGGCCGAUAACGUCCUAUUGAUUUUUCCGAAACGUUCGUUGAACCAAUCACAGGGUUGGGACUAUUUUUAAAGGGUGAGGUUGAGGUUGUUGUGGGGCUUUUCCUGGCAGUGGAGGUGUCUGUGCGCGACUACGUUUACAUGUAAAGUAUAGGCGAAGAAGUGUUUCGUUCCGAGCCUGUAGCUGCGGAGCUCGGUGGCGGCGCGACCGCCAAGGCCGAUUCACUCCAUCUCCGAUGCAGGUGGCUACGCUGUUCCGCGAGUCCACUUCACUGUUGGGUGCUAGUAUGGAAACGGGCGGUGGCGGUCCUACGGACUCCUCCAUGUCCAACUUAGGACCCGGAGGACCCAUCCCAAUGGCCUACGAUACUUACAACCACCCCGUCAGCUUCUCCAACAAAUACAAGCUUAAUAUGAAGUUGGAACCCCAAGACGAUGGUUAUGAGACCAGCGCAGAUAUGCUCUUGUCGAACAACGCGAUAAACCACGAGGUGAAGUGUGAGAAGAUGGAUGACCCCUACAGUUUCAUCGAUGAUGACCCUAUGCCGAUGCUGCAGAUGGCUCCUCAGCCGCAGCAACAGCAACAACAACAGCAGCAGCAGCAACAACAGCAACAAGCUGUUAUGAAUGCGAACUGCUUGGGUCCGAUGGGACCGCAGGCCAUCCACCAGAUGCUUCCCGGACCAAAGAAGCGCGGCAGAAAGAAGAAGUUGAAAGAAGAGCCGGAAUUCGUAAAGGACGUACACGGAAUCCCCAGGCCGGUUAAGGAGCGGAAAAAGCAUGACCGCUUCAACGGCAUGCCCGAGGAGGAGGUGUCCAAGCGAACACUACCCGACCAUCUCACAAUGAAUUUAGAUAUUAUAAUUAUCGGUAUAAAUCCCGGAUUGUUUGCGGCGUACAAGGGUCAUCACUAUGCUGGACCGGGCAAUCAUUUCUGGAAAUGUCUUUAUUUAUCCGGACUGACACCGCAGCAGAUGUCUGCCGACGAGGACUACAAGUUACUUCAAGUCGGCAUCGGUUUUACGAACAUGGUUUCACGAGCGACGAAGGGUAGUGCCGAUUUAACGCGUAAAGAAAUUAAAGAGGGUAGUCAAAUACUGUUAGAAAAGUUACGGAAGUUUCGACCUAAAAUCGCGGUUUUCAAUGGUAAAUUAAUAUAUGAAGUGUUUUCUGGGAAGAAGGACUUUAAGUUUGGUAGACAGCCAGAUGUUAUCGAAGGCACGAAUACAUAUAUGUGGGUGAUGCCGUCGUCGAGUGCGAGAUGCGCGCAACUGCCAAGAGCUGCGGACAAAGUGCCAUUUUACUCGGCUCUGAAGAAGUUUAGGGAUUACUUGAACGGUAUUGUAGCAUCUAUUGAUGAGUCGGAAAUGGUGUUUAGUGAGCCGAGAGUGAAGUCCUGCUACGAGGCCGAACCGAAACCGGAUCCCUUCUCGUCAGAGCUUACAGACAUUAGCAAUGCUGUGAUCAAGAACGAGGACGGUACUAUAGUGCCGUGCAAGAAGAAGCGCGGCAGACCGAAGAAGGUGAAAGUGGAGGGCGAGGUGACGACCCCGAAGCCGGUGAUCAGGAAACCCCCGAUGCAAAAUAACAAUUGUGAUUUCCCGAAAAAGAAACGAGGCCGGCCUAAAAAAAUCAAGAUGGAUGAAACCGAUUCACUGCUAGAUACAUCGACCAAUUUAUCAAAGUGUUUCUCUAGUCCAUCACCAAUCCAAUCUCCGAACAGUUACUAUCAGAUGGGUCCGGCACUGACGCCUCCCAACAGUUCGAGCAAUCUGUAUCCACCUCAGCAUCCGGCGGCGUAUUGCCAGUCGCCUCGACCCCAAUAUAGUCAAUCACCUCGACCUCAAUACAGCCAAUCGCCUCGGCCACAUUCGCAACCUUUCACACACUCGGAUCUUAGCUCGGAGAUCAGCGCGGCCAUCAGCUCUGAACAGCUUGGCUCUCCGGCGUCGCCCAGCUUAGGUCCGCCAGACUUUGAUCCGCCCACGAGUAUGGCCGAAGAAGCAGAGUGCCGGCUAGGCAGUCCCACGCCAUCCUCCAACAGUGAACAACCUCAUUAUCCCUAUCACACGUACUCUAUGGAGGGGCCAUCGGAUCACCAUCAGAUCGCACAACAUUACCCGUCGCCUAGACAGCCGCAGGACAUGGCCUCCAAAAGUCUGUCCGGUUUGGAAUCGCUAGUUGACCAGAUUCCUAGUAUAACCGAAGGCGAGACUCCGAUGUGCGAGAAUUCCGACCAGUACUCAAACCAAUACAGCAACUAUAAUAGAUCCAGCCCCGUGCCGUACAAUUAUUCUGGUGGUUCCGGCUACCCCAUAUAUCCGACGCCCACCUGGAGUAGUCCUUACGAGCCGGUACCACUGCCGUAUCCGCAAAUACCUUACGGGCAGGGCUAUGGCCCAGGUCUUCAUGUACCCAGUCCCAAUUAUCCCUACUACAGCUAUCCGCAACCGGCGCAUCCGCCAGGCUAUCCGCCAUAUCUGGGCGGCUUCUGAUUGGUUUCCGUCACUGUGUAUUCAUGUUGUGUACCUGUACCAUAUGUUCAGCUAGUACCUAGCAAGUCUGUCCGCUUGAGUACAGUUGGUCACUUGCAUUUCGACAACAGAGACUUGCACAGGGUAAAUGGUGAUAUUUUUUUGUCAUAAGUAUUUUCUCUAAACUUUGAAUGUUAGGUAGGCCAAGGGUUUCGUGCAUUAAUCGACAUUCAGAUCUCAAACUGUUUGUGUGCGUGUGCGUGUGUAUGUCCAAGCUCUAAGUGUGUGUGGUUCAUCGUUAUAGCUGUAGUUCCAUUCAUUUAAACCAAAAAAAAAAGAAGAAAAAAGAUAAAACCACAAAACAUAAUAAUAAUUAUAAUACUAAUAAUACGAAACAUGUGUUAUAGCUCUUCAAUAACAUUCUCUUCGUUCCUUAUUCAAUAAAAAGAAAGAAACUAAUAAUAAACGAAAGUAAAGUACACAUACUUCCAGUCCCUUCGGAAACAUGCGAGAUUUUUUUGAAGAUCCGUGCUCCAGCCCCUUUUUAUCACAUAUCACAAGGAGAUGAGUCAAUUACGCCACACCCACCAAAGACAUCGGUUUGACUGAGCUGAUUUACUCUAUCUCUUUUUAACUACUGACAGAGUAACUUUUUUAUAGUGCAAUACUCGUUUCGUUAACAUUUUUUAUAUUGAAUGUCUUCUUGUGUUCUUUUUUGAAGAAACAAUAUUAUGUGUUAUUUAUAUAACUGUUGUUUGAAUACUCUGCUAGUUUUACAUUCUACAAGAAAUAAAAAAAAAAUGAAUAAUACCA